GAGAGGGAGCACUGCGGUUACAAUCGGCUUACGGUAAAACUACGGCCAACGGGUGCUUACAUAGCAGUAUUGAGCUUAUUGCCUUAAUAAGCCUCGCGUUGUUUACGUUGACCACCAGAAAUCUUCACGUCGCUACGUCGUUGGCAUUGUCCAAGCGAUACUUUUCGUACUUGCCGCGAUCAGUUCUUGUCUGUAUCUUCCGAUGCGCCCUCCAUGAGCGUUAGACAGGGUGAUGACCCGCGUGUUGUGGGAACAAACAUCACUCAAGCGAGCAGUCAGAGCAUGACCUGGUUGCAUCGCGGAGUUACUGAACAACGAUGCGGCACCACCAUUCAGUCAGGUGUACCCUCCAGCUCCUUCACCAUCCCUUGCUCGCAGGUAUCUGCAGGUUCUCGAUGGCUCCCUGCCAUCGUGAGGUAUUGCUUACUGUUCAUCCGAACCCGAGUGAUGUGGCGGCUUGAGGAGGCGACAAGAUCCUCAAUGCGUGCCACAUUUCCGCAGGAUUGCGCCGGCGCACUCGAGGUAUACCUGAGGCGCAGUGCUUUGGCUGCAGGUCUGUGCAAGCGCAAGACGAAACCUCGCCAGGCUUCUCAAGCGCAUUGACCAGUCCUUGUGCACUCUGCGAGCCCUACAUGCCCACCUGUCAAUGCAUGUUAUUGCGAUC